UUUCGGCGGUUGUAGGACCUAACGGGAGCGGAAAAAGCAAUGUCAUCGAUGCAAUGCUCUUUGUGUUUGGCAAGCGGGCAAAACAGAUGCGUCUGAACAAAGUUGCUGAGCUAAUACAUCAUUCCAGCAGCCACCAAAACCUGGAAAGCGCUGGGGUUUCUGUCCACUUUCAAGAAAUUAUUGAUCUGGAUGAUGGAACCUACAGGGCUGUUGAGGGCAGUGACUUUGUCAUUACUAGAGUUGCAUUCCGGGACAACUCUUCUAAGUACUACAUAAAUGAUCGUGGAAGUAAUUUCACAGAGGUCACCAAGAAGCUGAAAGCAAAAGGAGUGGAUCUGGACAACAAUCGUUUUUUGAUCCUCCAGGGUGAAGUUGAGCAGAUCUCACGAAUGAAACCAAAGGCUCAAGGGCCCCAUGAUGAAGGCUUCUUAGAAUAUCUUGAGGAUAUCAUUGGAACAAAUCAAUAUGUAGAAAAGAUUGAAGAAGCCUAUAAACA